AUGGUCAGAUGGGAGACCGUGAAUUUCGAUGAAGAUCUGCAAACUAAUGACAAGAAUAUCUGGAUUCUGGAGGCCAUUCAGCAAUUUUUGAAAACUGAUUUCCCAUUAAAAUUUGAUUGUCUAUCGAUUGUGCUAGGUCUCGUUUCUGAACUCCACGAACAAUACCUCACCUCCUACCCCAACUCGGAUCCAUCCGACGUCGUAGCUCUCUAUCAGCAAGAAUCAGUAAAGCAACUACGGAAAAACGCAUUACUAACUGCUGAAAAUGAUAGGAAACUACUAUUCAAUGCAUCGAGACUCACCAAUAACCAAGAUUUCUACAGAAAAGUUGUAGAAGAAGCAUAUUGUGCACAGAAAGAGAGGAUUGGAGAAAAGGGGGACGGAGGGAAAUAUGUUUGUAAUCCGAAGAAGGUCAAGAAGGAUUGCACAUUGGUAUCCUUGGGUCUCAACAACCAAAUUGGGUCUGACAAGCAUAUUUAUGAAGCAACGGGUAGACAAUGCAAGAUUAUUGGAGCAGAUAUUUACCCACAAGAGCAACCAACUCGGGAUGCCUACGAGAAAAUGAAUGGAGAACUGUUUGCUGCAAAGAUUCCAAAUGACCUAACCAUCCCCCAAAUGCUGGAGAAAACUGGGAGGAUAGACGUGGAAUUCUUGAAGAUUGAUAUAGAGAAAGGAGAGUUUACUGCAUUGGAGCCAUUGAUUAAGGAUUAUUUUGUAUGUCAGAUCUUCAUCGAAAUUCACGGUCUUCCAUCUGACCAUUUGAGGAUGCUCCAGAUAAUUGCAAAAUAUGGGUUCCGAAUAUUCAAUGUGGAUGAGAACUUGUUAUGUCCUCUCUGUUGUGAAUACAGUGUGAUCAAUGAGUUGUGUAUGGCACAGUUCGAAGUGGUUCCAUUGGCUAUUACCAUUCCGCAAUUUAAUAGUUAA